AUGGCAGCAAAUGCAACAGCCGUCUUUUUGCUCUUCAUUGGAAUAAGCUUUGUGCAGAACAGCAGUGCAGGUCACAAACUGAAGCUUGACCAGGCCCUGCUCACUGUCAACAAUUACCUUCCUGAAAGAAUUGCUGCUUCCUACGUCUCUGAAGCCUGCCAUAAAUGUCUGCCACAGCCUCUCCUCACGGUUUCACCAGCUUCAGUGGGAGUGCCUUCUAACGCAAGUGUGGCAGUUAGUUCCCACUUUGCUCUCAUCAUCACAAUAUUUACGGAAGCAGAUUCGGCCAUGCUUAUUUGCAGUUGGAGAGCAUUAUAUGGAGAACAAGGUCAGUACUUGCUGUCUGUCCAGUCCAACACUCUUCCAAAGAAUACAACUGGAGUCUCUUGUACAUUGAGUGUGGAGAAAGAUCCUGUGAAUGGUUACAUCCCUUUGUUGGUUGCUUUUGCCAUCUUGAUUGCUGUGGCACUCCUGUAUUUUCUUGGAUCCUAUGUCUCCAAUCUUCACUGUACACAGGCAUACUGCCAUUGCCUUCGGCAUAAAUCUGUUUCCAUUGAACUUAAUCCUGCAGAGACUCCAAGACCAGUGAUAGAGAAGCCUAAACAUCGAAGACUGCUUUCCUUGGACACAUUUAGAGGAUUUUCUCUGACCAUGAUGGUUUUUAUAAACUGUGGAGGCGGGGGUUACUGGUUCUGCGAACACGCUCCAUGGAAUGGACUGACCAUUGCAGAUCUGGUCAUGCCAUGGUAAGCUAUCA